AUGCACGGGCUACUUGCCGUUUCCGCUCUGCAUUACGCAGACUUCCAUCCAGCUGAGCGAGCUGAGUAUCACGUCAUCUCGACUCAUUACUCCACCUUGGCACUUGAGAAGUUUCGGGCCUUGAUCAACGACCUCAGUGAGGACAACUGCGAGACUUACUUCCUGUUCGCGUCGUUGAUUUACACCCUCUCUCUCUGCAACGUGGCAAGGCCGGCUGCAGUUCUUACUACGCAUGAUGUCUCACAGUCUUUCCAGCUAUUGAAAGGACUCCGCCUCAUAAUUGACUACAAACCUCUCGAGCAGUGGUUGACAAACGCGCCUCUCGGGAACAUGCUACGCUGCGCAUCGGAGAGCCUCUCGCCUGCACCUACUGCCCUGUCACCAGCACCUCGGGCCUCUUCUCUGGAGCCAGCGAACCCCUUUCACGCCCGGCUGGACAAGCUGCAGCACCUCGCUCGGCAGCUACCCAGAUCACUCGAGUUGAUCAAUCCGCAGUCAGCCACUUUCCUCAGCCUCGAGUGUCUCAGAAACACGCACUUGGACUGCCGCCGAGUUGCAGACAUCCAUGCCGCGCCUCACAUAUGGAGCUGGCCGAUCAUCAUCCCGAGCGUCUUUCUGGACAUGAUUGACUCUGGUCACCCCAUAGCGAUUAUAAUACUUGCCCACUUCGCCGCGCUGAGCUGGCCUUAUGAGCACAAGGAGUGGGCAAGUCAUGGAUGGAGCAAGAGUAUCAUGGGACUGGCGGAGAGAACACUGGAUGAAGAAUGGAGUGAGUGGAUAGUGUGGCCAAAGCGAAGCUUGGAGGAAAGGGUACCAGUGGACGCGAUGGAGGAGUAA